AUGUCCGGUCCAUACGAUCAGUAUUCCAACCAGCAAGGCUACGGCCAGGGCCAAGGUCAAUACCAGCAGGGAGGAUACUCCCAAGGCGGCUACGGACAGCAGUCGUACCCUAACCAGCAAUACGGCCAGGAAUAUGGCCAACAGCAUGGUCAGCAGCACGGUCAAUACGGAGGCUCUAGUGACUACUACAACCAGCAGCGCGAUCACAACCAGGGUCAGUACGGCCAGCACCAGCAGAGCCAAUACGGUCAACACGACCAGUACGGUCAACAACACCAGGGCCAGGGGUCAUACGGGCAGUCUGGCUACAAUGACCAGAACGCUCCCGGUGGAGCCCAAGAGGGCGAACGAGGACUCGGCGGUGCUAUCGCGGGCGGUCUCGCGGGCGGCUUCGCAGGCCACAAAGCUGACCACGGUAUUCUGGGUACCAUCGGAGGCGCCAUCAUGGGAUCUGUCCUGGAAGACGCCGUCAAGAAGAAGAAGCACAACAAGGAGGAUGCCCCUUACGGCAGCCACGGUGGCUCCCAGUACGGCAGUCACCAGGGCGGGCAUGGUUCCUCAAGCGGCGGUGGUCUGAUGGAUAACUUGGGCGGCUUCUUCAAGAAAUAG